GGAGCCAAAGGGAAAAUAUCACAAAGUGAUUUAAAACUGGGAGGAGCAAGAGGCAGAUUAAAGAUGGAGACAAAGAAAUCCUAAGUGUUUUAUUGGGCCAUUUAGAGCUACAUUACCUGUAGGCUAUUUCCUCUACAGUAUGACUCUUUCUCAAUUACACCUGCUGUGAUGAAAUGCUUCGAAGUCGCAUGUCUGAACUGAGCAGACGUCCAUUGUGCAGUGACUGUACUGUGUGUAUUCAGAAAGGAGCGCUCAACGCCCAACACUUAAACAUAGAUUAGAAAAAUCCUCCAGAGCGAGAGUGUUUCUUUGCUUCCUUAAGAGUUUAUUUAAGGAUUAAGACUUGGGUUUGUAGUGGUGACUGGAAUAAGGCAUGAGGUUGCAUUAGGGUAAUGAGUUGGGUUAGAAAAUGACUUUGGAGAAUUCUUGCCAUUUUUUUUUUUUUUUUGGAGCAGAUUACAUUAUGAGCACGCAAUAAAUAAAACAACACAGUGUAAUGAACCCUGAACCCAUCUGUUUAAUAGUUUAAAAUUCAACCUUAAAGCAAAUUAAAUUGUUCUUUGGUUUGGUUUAAUCGGCACAUUGUUUGGAAUUACAAUGUGUGGUUUUCAAACCUUGACUGAUUAAUGCUUGAGUAUAGUUGGAAGAAAUAACAAGGACACAGCGCACAUGGUUGAUAAACCGUGAAGGGAUUUGUAAGGUAAAUGCAUUAAAAAAAGCAGCUUCAUGUUUUAGAAAGUAUGCUUAUUGAUUAAGCUACCAUGCAGCACAUUAAAACUACUCCUACCUCAGUUCAAGGUGACGGUUUAACACCCUCAUUACUUCACAUCAGGGUUUUAUUUUUUGCAGUUCUGGGGGUUUUCCAUCAAACUAUUUCCAGUGUUAAAGGCCAUUGUUUGUAGAAAUUUUGCAGGUGAAAUUUCAUAGUUUUUCUGCUAGUUUUUCUACUAGUUUUUCUGUCAUUUAUGGCCUUGGAGUAGAAAAACGGUAUGCACUAACAUUAGCUUUUUGUAAUUAGACAGAUUCUUUAAAUAGGGUAAUUUGGCAAAAAGAAGUGAAAUCACAUUUUUUUUUUUUUAGUUUUGAAAAACUGUGGAUGUAUCUGUGGUUUUAGUUAGUAAUUCAAACUAAAGCCACAAUCAAUGAGUUGAGCCAAAAGCUAUGGCUUGAGAUUGAAAGAGCCACUUCUCAUUAAAUUCAGGCUUUACAAAAAAAAUCAAGAAAUCCAAAUUAUAAUUUGAAUUUUCAUACACAUUUACACAUACUGAGUUGUAAACUCAUGAAAUUAUGCUAGAAUUUUUAUGACUGUUUGCACCAUCAAAAAAGCAGCUUGGUCUCUGUUAAACUGUUGCUAUCAAAUAGUUGGGAGACAAACAACAAGGUGCAAUAUUGAAAACUUUUAAGUUAUUUUUACUUUUAUUCUGUCCAAUUUAAGCCAAAACCAGAAAACACUAAGAAAAGUUAGAUCUCAAGUCUUUUUCCAAAUUUCAAGUCAAAUUUAAAGGGUAUAAAACUAAAACCCUUGCCAUAUUUUCCCAGUAACACUGAUUUGCUGAAUCAAACAGAACCGUUUGUGCUUAGGGUUAAUUUUUCACAAGCAUUUAAACAUUAUUUUCAGUGCUCAAGUAGAUAAUUAUUAACAAAAAAUAAAACACAAACAAGUAAUGUUUGUGUGAUCAGUUACACCAUCAAUGGCACUGGAACUGCUGAGCUGGACAAAACCAGGGUCCAUUUGUCCUUUGUACGAAUGACUGACUUGCAAAACUUAUGUCCCUGAAUGCUCAUUUCACUGGACAAUUGUGUUUUGACCAAACUAGUGUUUGAAUUAACAACUGAAAGAAAAUGAACAAAACAACUUUUUCAGAAAGUUGUUCUGAAAAACAACUUUCAGAAUUUGGGUUCCAAGGCACAGGUAAAAAAAAAAAGGAAAUUAUUGGAGUGAUUUGUGUAAGAAGGGUGAAUGAACACCUUCAGGCAAAGAUUCAGAAGAGAAUGCAGUUAAAUGUGUUCCAACAACAAAGAAACCCAUGAGCACUCAAUGUGAAUAGAUGGGGUUUUAUGCUUUGCUUUAUUUUUAUUUUCACAUUUUUAAACUUUUGAAUAAUCUUCCUUGUGUUUCCUAUGCUAUAUAGUAUUAUGGGUGACUGUAAGUGUGGCUGUUAUCAUAUCUUUUUUUUUUUUAUGUUGAGCUGCUUUGAGCUAUGGAUUUUCCACUGAUGCUCCACUGACUAAGAUGAAGCUUGCAUCAAAUGAAGCCAUGCAAUGAGGUUCAUAAUGGAAAAGAUAAAUAAAGCAAGCUUCGCUUAUGACAGUGUGACUGCAAUUUGUAACAUCAUGGAGUCUGUUGCAAAACUGUCACUCCAUUUACAACAAGGUUGACUGGAUGGUUUCACCCGCUUAACUCAAGAAAUCAUUCAGAAUAGAGAUAAACAAGCGAGACUAUGCUGCACUGCAGACUCACACAAAAUCCCAAGAGGAACAACAAGAGAAGGAUUUGUUUAUCAGUAAGUUGCAACCAUGUCAUCAUCAGAGUUUGUCACCCAGCUAAUCAACUGUGUGCACAUUAUGACUGAGAUGGGCACAAAAUUGAAGGAAGGCUUGUAUUGAGGUUUGUGCUUCAUUUGCUCAAUUAAAAGGACAUUUUACUCUGACGGCCUGUUGUGUUAUGAAAGGGGCUUAUGUCAACCUUUACUAAUGAACGCAGUGUAUAAAAUCCUGAUUGACAAGGGCUAAUCAAUACUUUUCACUUGCUAUUAUAUAAGUAUUAGGUUGUCACUAAAAAGGAAGUAGUUAUCAGAUAAUUUUAUAGCCUUAGCACUCCCAGCUCAAUAUUAGAAACAGCCGUUGCAGUAAUCUCUGACAUAAAUCAUAAACACUAUCUCUGGUGGACCGGUUGCCAAAAUGGUAGCAAAAUCUUAUUAAUUCAAAAUGUCACUUGAGCAGACUUUGCUCAGGUACUUAUGUAAUUAAGGUGCAAAGUUAUUUCUAUUUCUGAAGAGUUUGAGUGUUAUCAGUCACCUAACACUAAAGCAACCAAUCACAGUCAUGAAUUGAAACAACAAAUUGCAGCAGCACAGUUUCCUCAUCCUCUUUCUCUGCUAAUCUAAUCUAGCAACAAUUAUGUUGACGGUAGACUAUAUAUUAAAUGGACCGAGCUACUGUAACCUCACCCAAUGAUUUGUCAUAUGCAGUUUUGUAGCCUCAUUUCAGGUAUUUGGCUGCCAAGAUGUUGCUCUAUUUGGAGUGAGAGAUAAUUUAAGCUGAAUCCUACUUUCAGGUGCUACACCUGCUUCUGGAUUUAAAGUUUCCCUUCAACCAUUCAUAAUCCCCCUAUCAGAUUAUUUGCUACCUGAUUUUGAGUUAUAGUACAUCAUGGUUUAGCUUCAUUUUCAUGCAUGUUUGGGACUUAAGCAACAGCUCAGCCAGUGUUCCACAUAUUUUUGAACAUGUAUACAUAAUGAGUGUUGCAUCAGUGAAAUGCCAAAUAUACUGCACUUGCUCCUCUGCUAUGUAGUUAUGUAAGUGCUACAUCAAUGUCACAACAAUGUCUUGGUAAUAUUCCUUAUUCUCAUGAAAUGCUAUGCAGAUGCUCUGUCUACACUGAUGAAAAUUAACUCACUUAUGCAUGCUUACCUCUUGAACUGACAGCAGCUUGACAUUUUUGUGAACAAUUCAGCUAAGAAUUGUCUGACAACUUGAGGAGACAUUGAACUUUAAACCUCACCAUCUAACCUUAACCCAGUACAACAAUAUAAAUUCAACACCCUCUGUUCUGAUAGACUGUACAAAAUGGGGGACAGACCAGUAGUGACACACAUAUGUGAAAGGAUGUCAGGACUAUGUCAGGACUUGAGGAAUAAUGGUGAAAAUGUGUCGCCUCAACUUGUAUCCUUCCGCCUAGAUUUACUAGUACUAGCUAGUCUUUUCAUUUAAACAAAAUCUAUGUAAAUAGUUAACCAGCUUGCAACAUCUGUCAGCACACAAUGGUAUUUAUUUAAAGAUUGUUCCUGUGUAAUCUUCCUGAACAUAAAGUACACCUGGUCCAGUGCUUCUGCCUUUUUAAGUCCCUCAUUUCUGUCUUCUCAGGCACCAUCAAGUCCUGACCGAUGGCCAGUCAUGCUAGAUCUCGUUCUACUGGUGCCAUUUCUCGCCACUGAUUUGAUAAGGUUGAGAUUAAGAGUUUUGCAAGAGUAAGGCUUUAAAGGGCGUAUCAUUAAUUUAAUCAGUUUUUUUUUUUAUAUCCAACAUCACACGAAUCAGAAAAAAUAAUCUCCUUAAUUAUGCAAUAAAGACUUAUUGGAAAAAUGUUUUGUUAUUUAGUAUUCAAUUAAGAAGUAUAUAUUUUUUUAUAAUGGCAGUCUAUUAAAAUGAAACAGCUCUUAGUGGCUAUUAGGGACAUUAAAAUUUUACAGAUUUUCAUAUUGACUUUCACUUUUCCCACUGAUAUCCAUCUGUUCAAUGCGGCUUAUAUUCUGUUCCUUUAAACCAGUAGCCAUUUGCCCAGAAAACGAAGAAAAUACAAUGUUGGCAGAAACACUUUAUUUGCGAUAUCCUGCACAUGUGGAAUGUGUUCUGCAAGCAGAAUAUGAAAUAAUAAAUUAAUGUGCUUAUACUUAUCCUUGAAUUUGUCUCAAAGGGAGUUUUAUCCUGACUCCAAGUUCAAAUAAAAUACAUAAAACAGAGAAAAUUGAGCUUAUAAAUAAACUUGCAAAAUUCAACUGUGCUUAUAUGUUUGUGUAUGCUCAAAUUAUAGAAUUAUUCAGAGCUAAAAUUAAAUGAAAGUUUCAAACAAUGUAUUGUAUAAAUCACUUAAAGUUCCUACUUUAAAAAGUGCAUUAAACGCAUCUUUCGAGCAGCUCCGCCUCAGGCUCUGCUGUACAAAUUCAGCUACCCCUUCGUCGAAAAUGCCAUGGAACAGGCUAUAGUUGGCAUGACUGACAGAAUUAUCAGUCAGUUAAAAUUGACAUACAAUGACGGUCCGUCCCACAGGCCCAGCUGUAAAUUGACAGCUCAAGCAUGAAGAGGUGAUGGAGUUCAGCAACAUUUCUUCUUGGUGGGGAUACUCACUGACUCUCUCACAUGAGCACUCCUUGGAAACUUCAGAAAUAAUAAGGCACCCUCUCUAAGUGCGAUAUAUAUCUGCCUCCCCCCUCGGCAGGUUGCCAUGGUCGCCAUACCUACUCUCUCUCUCCUAUUGGUCCUGGCAGAGUGGGCAGGUCUUGUGGACGCAUCUCCCCACCUCCUGCUCCGGCCGAGCCCGCGGGAGCGUGAUGCAGGGGCCGUGAUGAACUUCAACAUUGCCGUGAUCCACGCCGGUGCCACGGUGCAGGCGGAGGCAGCGGUGGCGGGGCCGGGGGGAAGGGUGCUCUACCCCGGCUUUGGACGGGUAUACGGCUCCCUGGGGGAGAGCGUGGUCACCCAGUGGGGCUCUGCUAACGUCAUCUGGCUUCAGGUGAAUGACAGCAGCCCUAAGACGGUGCUGUCCCAGCUGUGUGAGUUGUUAGCGGCGAGGCCCCUGCAGGGUCUGGUUUACGAAGAGGAGAGGCCCCCUCGGACGGCUUGGGGUCCCUUGGCCCCCAUGCUGGAGUUUGUCUCUGCACAAACAGGACUGCCUAUAGUGGCUGUAGGCGGGGGAGCAGGGCUGGGGAGGAUGCCACAGGAAUCAGGUUCCAUCUUUCUCCAGUUCAGCUCCUCCACUGCGCUCCAGUUAGAGGUCAUCUUCGAGGUGCUGGAGGAGUACGACUGGACCGCCUUUUCUGUGGUGUCCACGCGUCACCAUGGCUACCAGGACUUCCUUUCCGUGGUGGAGGGACUGACGGACGGCUCGUUCAUCGGAUGGGAGAAGAAGAGUGUUGUUAUCCUGAACGUGACCGACGAUCCUGGGGGUGCACGCACGCGCAGGCUGCUGAAGGAGAACGAGGCGCAGGUCCGCCUGCUGUAUUGCUCUCAGGAGGAGGCUGAGCUGGUCUUCCGUGCUGCCUGGGCCGCUGGUCAGGCCGGGGCCUCGCACAUGUGGUUCGCAGUGGGCCCCACUCUCUCGGGUCUGGGCAUGGAGAGCUUGCCUCGGGCGUUAUUCGCCGUUCGGCCUCAGGGCUGGAGGGACGAGCCUCGCCGAAGGAUCGCUCGGGGUGUAUCGGUGCUCACUCACGGAGCGGUGGCAAUGCGCAAGGAAUAUGGAAGCACGGGCGGGCCAAACUUUGUCACCACAUGCAUGACAGAUGCCAAUCAGACCCAGAGGCUGCGAAGCAGGAUGAGGUAUUUCAGCAACAUAACGCUUGGUGGUCGAGACUAUUCCUUCAAUAGCGACGGUUACCUGGCCAACCCUUUCUUGGACGUCAUCUCUUGGACACCUGGAAGAGGCUGGGAAGAUGUAGGCUGGUGGGAGAACGGCGUGCUGAGACUUCGAUACCCAGCUUGGUCCCGCUACGGGCCCUUCCUGAAGCCGCCUGACGAUGCCCAGCACCUGCGGGUUGUAACACUGGAGGAAAGGCCAUUUGUCAUUGUAGAGCUUGCAGACCCUUCUUCAGGAACCUGCAUCCGGGACUCUGUUCCCUGCAGACGUCCUCUCAAUGCCAGUGCAAUCCAUGAGGGUGUGGCUCCUCUGAAGCAGUGCUGCAAGGGUUUCUGCAUUGACAUCCUCAAGCGACUCGCAAAGAUUGUCGGCUUCACCUACGACCUCUACUUGGUGACCAACGGGAAGCAUGGGAAGAAAAUUGAUGGCGUUUGGAACGGCAUGAUUGGAGAGGUGGUGUACAAGCGGGCGGACAUGGCCAUCGGCUCGCUGACUAUCAAUGAGGAGAGGUCCGAGGUCGUGGAUUUUUCUGUUCCAUUCGUGGAGACAGGGAUCAGUGUCAUGGUCUCCCGUAGCAAUGGCACUGUAUCACCAUCAGCUUUUUUAGAGCCUUAUAGUCCAGCAGUGUGGGUGAUGAUGUUCGUCAUGUGCCUCACCGUUGUAGCUGUGACCGUCUUUAUUUUUGAAUUCUUCAGCCCUGUGGGCUACAACCGCAGUCUGGAAACAGGAAAGAAGGCAGGAGGGUCCACUUUCACCAUCGGAAAAUCUGUCUGGCUUUUAUGGGCCAUUGUCUUCAACAAUUCUGUGCCGGUGGAGAACCCAAGAGGAACCACAAGCAAAAUCAUGGUGCUGAUCUGGGCCUUCUUUGCUGUCAUCUUUCUGGCCUCUUACACUGCUAACCUGGCUGCCUUCAUGAUCCAGGAAGAGUACAUUGACACAGUUUCAGGCCUCUCGGACAAGAAGUUUCAGCAUCCAGAGGAGCAGUACCCACCUCUCAAGUUUGGCACGGUGCCCAAUGGGAGCACAGAAAAAAACAUUCGCUCCAACUAUCCGGACAUGCACCAGUACAUGGGCAAAUACAACCAGAGAGGAGUGGAGGACGCCAUCCUGAACCUAAAGACUGGGAAGCUGGAUGCUUUUAUUUAUGAUGCUGCAGUGUUAAACUAUAUGGCCAGGAAGGACGAAGGUUGUAAGGUGAUGACCAUAGGCUCGGGGAAGGUUUUUGCCACCACAGGCUACGGUAUCGCCCUGCACAAAAACUCACGUUGGAAACGUCCUCUUGACCUGGCCCUGCUGCAGCUAGUGGGAGAUGAUGAGAUUGAAAUGCUGGAGCGCCUCUGGCUGUCAGGUAUCUGCCAUAAUGACAAAAUUGAGGUGAUGAGCAGUAAACUGGACAUUGACAACAUGGCUGGGGUCUUCUACAUGCUUCUGGUGGCUAUGGGCCUCAGUCUGCUGGUGUUUGCAUGGGAACAUUUAGUCUACUGGAAACUGCGCCACUGUAUGGCCUCUAGUUCUGGGAAGUUGGACUUUCUCUUGGCAAUUAGCAGAGGCAUGUACAGCUGCUGCAGUUUUGAGGAUGAAACAGCACCAGGUGGAUCUAAAUCUUUGCCUUCACACCACCACACAGCAAUGGUGACUGUUCCAUCACAGCCACAUGUAGUUUCAACUACUGUGACCAACCCAGCAAUUGCAAUGGCGCAACAGCAGCAACAACCACAACAGCAGCAACCACCACCUGUCUACAAAACACCUCUACCAGGCUCUCCUCCCACUGUGGUACAUUCUGGGUCAGCUCUGGGUUCUUCUAACCCCCCCAUUGCUGGUGCCCCCCUCCCUUGCUCCACUUUCCUGCCUAGACCAGAUCGAAGGUUGGCAGUAGUGGAUCGCUGGAGGUUGCCUAAAACUGCUACAGCCACCAACCCCAUGGCUGUAAGAGGGGGCAUCACUGACAUGGGGCCGUUUGCUCAGAAAGUUCCACAAAACUGGGCUACAGCUGCUGGAGGGGGUGGGGGACUCGAUGGCUAUAAGAGAUAUUAUGGUCCCAUUGACCCUGAGGGACUGGGAUCCUGCAUGGAUCAGCAAGCAGGGUCCCAGACCCCCAAGACUAUGCCAAGGGGCCACCCCCAACCCCCUCCUGCGAGUGUGGCCUUCUAUUCAGAGAAGAGCAUGGACCACGGGGUGGGGAAGAAGGUGGUGGGAGGUGGCAGUGGAGGUCAGGGGAAAGGGCCUGUUAAACCUCUGGGCACCCCCAGGCUGCCUCCUAAGAGUCAGGCCCCUCUACCUCCUACACCUCCACUGCCACAUCCCUCUCCCCCUCUUCCUUCAUCCUUCUGGAGAAAGCGGAGGCCCAAGAAGCCCAAAGAGCCUGGGGGACCACUUUAUGAGAACAUUUUACCUCUGGGGCGAAGGGGAGGAACAAGAGAUGGAAUGAGGGAAGGAGGAGGAAGGAGGACCCGCCCGCUUUCUCCUCCACUUUCACUUCCUAUACCAGUUCCACUGAGCCCCUCCUAUACUCCUCCUUCUCCUUCUGCAUCUUUGCACUAUACGUCCUCAUCCUCCACGUCAACCACCUCAUCAACGUCAACGUCUUCAUCUGCCUCAUCUUCCCGCUCCACCUCUCCCACCUACUCUUACAGCUCCUCCAGGAGCACACGAGACAGGACUGGAGGAAUUGAUGGAGAGGACGACGAUGAUGAUGAAGAUCUGACAGAAGAGUCAAGUCUACUCCUUGGGAGGGGAAGAGAGAGGGAGCGCUCUAUCAUUCGGCCACGUUCCCUUAGCCACGGGCGCUUGCCACCACCAAUUCCCCCCAGGAAACCACGCACAUCUUGGGGUGACAGAGAAAGAGAACGAGAAAGGGAAAGAGGCGGGAGCCAACUGUCUCAGCUUCAAGAAUGGUGGGCAAGCUGGAGUGAAAGGGAGAGGAGAGGAACAGGUGGAGAAACUGAAAGGCUGAAAAGGGAAAAGAAGAGGAGGAAAGAAAAGGAGAAAGAAAAGAAGAAAAAGAAAAAGAACAAAAAGAGAAAAAAGAGAGAGGAGAGAGAAAGAGAGCGGGAGAGAGAAAGAAAGCGAAGGAAGGUGAAAAAGAAGAAGAAGAAGGCAUUAAAAACAAAGAAAAGAAAAAAGUCUACUGGGGGGAAACGAUCUGAGCCGGAAGAAGGAGAUGGAGAACAAGAAAGGGACGGGGAAGCUGAGAGAGAAAGAGAUGAAGGCAUACAAGACUUCUCUUCUUUUUCUGCCCAAUAUGGGAGCACAUUUGGAGAGAAGGGGAGAGAUUCAUGGGAAGGAGACAGAGAAAGAGGUAGGGGAGAAGAUGGCAAUGACAGGGACGAGGAGGACAGUGGAAGAAGUAGGGAAAGGUGUCCCAAAACCUCACACUCUCAUAGACGUCGAACCCCCAAUAAGCGCUACUCUAACUCUAAUAAGUUUCCUGCGUCUGUUAAAUUUUGGAUGAAUGGAAGAGGAGAUAACUCCAAUACCACUCCAGUAUCCCUCCACCCACUUCUUCCAUCAUCCAAGCGGCGAAAAAGCGGAGGGAUUGACAGAGAAGAUAAUGGUAGAGUUGGUGAAAGACGUCCUUUGUUAAUGCAUUAUGAAAAAGAGAAAGCACAGACAAGAGAAGGGCUGUCUUUCCAUGAAUGGGACUCAGAUGAUGAUGAUGACAAUGAUGAUGAUGAUGACGAUGAUGAUGAGGAAGAGAGAGACAGAGUGAGGGAGCGGGGAGAGAACAGGGGAAGGAGGGUAGGCAGAGGGGCUGUCUCUGAAUCUGAAAGGGACAGAGGAAGGGUGGAGGACAGCUACUCAGAUGAGGGUUCUUCAGGAGAAUUUGGUCGUUUUGAAAGAUACUGGGAAGAAAGUGCAGGAGGCACUGGCACUGGGAUUGGAGGCAUAGGUGGAGGAGGCUGGUUCUUUGGUACCUAUCCCUCCAGAGAGAAAGGGGGAAGUAUUAAUAGUCGAGAUGAUUCGUUACUGGGAACACGGGCAGAGGGAUGGAUUGGUGCUGAUUUCUGGGGAUCUGGGCCAGGAAUAGGUUGGGCAUCUGGUGGAGGGAGUGGAGGGCUGGGCUCACAGUGGCCACCACCCCCAACAGCCUUCCCUCCACCUAGACGAUACUGGUCAAUGGACAAAAUUCCUGUGAAGGGAGAAAAAAAGUGGAAGAGUGGUGGCGGAAAGAGAAAAGGACGAAGCAGGGAAAGACUGGAUGAGGGAGGACGAUCAACUCUGUGUUCCUGCAGCCUUUUCCCACAGCCCCAUCCUUAUCCACAUCCCCAUGGCCGUUCACAAACUUCUAAUUCCAAGAGAAGAGCAUCAGCACUUUCCCGUAGCCAAGAAGAGCUUCUUCCCCACUGCCACAGCUUCAGCGGGGGUUCUCGUCCCAAACCUUUGCCUCCCAAACCAGAUUCCAGUCAAGCCAAAUCAGGCAGCCAAUCUAACCUCAGCCUCAACACACAGCCGACAGACCAUCAGCCACAGCCCUCACCAUCACCACCGCAGCAGCCAUCCUUGUCACCCACCUCGCUCCCCAUGCCCAUCGUACCUCCAGCCUCCUCAGCCUCUGUCUCGCCACCAGCAGGGGUAGGGAUGGCAGGUUCGGCUCAGGCUUCAGCCAGUGCCAAACUCCAAUAUCAGAGACUGCGCUCUGUGCCUCAGCCACGGAGGUUCUACUCUCCCCACCUACCACUCAAAGCCAAGAGCCUGUGCUCACGUCGAGGGUCAGCCCACUUUUCCAGCCUGGAGAGUGAGGUAUGACAGGGG